GGCACGAGCGCCGUUUUAUAUUAUCGCACCCGUGCCCUUCAAACGACACUACUUCGUUAGUACCCGUGGCGGACGGAGCUGAUUUCUUUCGUACGCGCUGCGAUCCAGACGACGACAUGAGCAAGAUCGGAAUCAACGGAUUUGGCCGCAUCGGCCGUCUCGUGCUGAGGGCUUCCCUGGAGCGCGGCGGUCAGGUCGUCGCCAUCAACGACCCCUUCAUCGGUCUCGAUUACAUGGUCUACAUGUUCAAGUAUGACUCCACCCACGGCAAGUUCAAGGGAGAGGUCACGGCCGAGGGCAACUGUCUCGUCGUGAACGGAAACAAGAUCACGGUCUUCAGCGAGCGCGAACCGAAGGCGAUCCCGUGGGCGAAGGCUGGCGCAGAGUACAUCGUCGAGUCCACGGGCGUGUUCACCACCAUCGAGAAGGCAUCCGCUCACUUGGAGGGCGGCGCCAAGAAAGUCAUCAUCUCCGCCCCGUCGGCUGACGCGCCGAUGUUCGUCGUCGGUGUCAACUUGGAGGCUUACGACCCGACUUACAAGGUCGUCUCCAACGCCUCGUGCACCACCAACUGCCUAGCACCUCUCGCCAAGGUGGUCCACGAUAACUUUGAGAUCGUCGAGGGCCUCAUGACGACCGUACACGCGAUUACGGCCACCCAGAAGACCGUUGACGGACCUUCCGGCAAGCUGUGGCGUGACGGCCGUGGUGCAGCGCAGAAUAUUAUUCCGGCUGCAACGGGAGCUGCCAAGGCGGUCGGUAAGGUCAUUCCUGCACUCAACGGAAAGCUCACCGGCAUGGCUUUCCGCGUGCCCGUGCACAACGUGUCCGUGGUCGACCUGACGGUUCGGCUGGCCAAGCCCGCCUCUUACGACGCCAUCAAAGCCAAAGUGAAGGAGGCUGCUCUCGGUCCUAUGAAGGGUAUCCUGGCCUACACCGAGGACGACGUUGUCUCGUCCGACUUCAUCGGCGACAAUCACUCCAGCAUCUUCGACGCCAAGGCCGGCAUACCUCUGAACGACAACUUCGUGAAACUGAUCUCGUGGUACGACAACGAAUUCGGUUACUCUAGCCGAGUUAUCGACUUGAUUAAGUUCAUGCAGAGCAAGGACAAUUAAAUUGGUCUUGAGAAGUCGAUUGUUCAUCCGUGUCCUCCUAGCUCCGGUCUCGCCGUAUCGAGAAGUCACUGUAUGGAGCAUAUCAUUGUAAAAAAAAGCUGCUGUAAGAAACACUCUGUAUUAACCGGCAUCGUAACUUUUAGCGGAGAUAUACCCGGAGUAUAAAGCCAAAGGAUGUUAUCGUACAUCUUUUUCGCAGUUAAUAGAAUUGUAGGUAAAGCGAUGUGUCUCUUCGUCGCUGUUUGAAAUACAAAGUAAAGCAGGCUCUGGUGUUCGUAUUUAAAAAUCUACAUAUUUAUCUUGUUACUAUUAGAGCCAGUUUGUUAAAAAAGAAAGCAGACAUGUAAAUGUGAAUAUUCCAACUUCAGUGUUAUGCAGAGUCUGUGUAAUCGCAAAAUAUGUACGCAUUACGUAAAAUCAGAAA